UUUUGUGAGAAUAAUGUAUAUUGCGCCUUUUUUUUUUUCUUUCUUUCUUUCUUGUCUUGUUCUUCUUUUAAAAUUUAGAUACAUAUGCAAAGGAUUUUAUUAAACUUAAAUGGCCCUGUUAACGUUUUUAAACAAAGAAUGUUACUAGUAUCUUCAGUUCCUCUUCCAAGUCAUACAAUUAAUAAGAGGAAUGAAUUUGAUAUUCGAUAUAAUGCUAAUCAAACUAUUAAUCUUCAAAUGCGUAGAACAUUGACUUCAUCAGAGACAAUAGAAACAAUAAAUAAUAAUAGUAGUAAGUGCAGUUUAGUCAGACUUGUAUAUAAAUAUAUGAUAUGGAUUGUUAACUACAGAUAUAUAUAAGCUACAAAGAUUUUUUCGGAAAAAAAGAAUUUAGUUAUUAUGCAAGAAUUACUACAAAGUAUUAUGAAAGAAGACAAUUCGUCUUUACUUGGUUAUACAAGGAAAUUUCGUAAAUUGUAUAAGCGACUAGAUAAAAAUGAAAAAAGAAAGACCUUUGAUCUCUUGAUAGAACAAAGCUACUAUUUUAAUAAGUUGGGUCACACUAGCCACAAUCAAUUUGGUCAACUUUUUGAUCGAAUUCAUCAAGUCUUGCCUGAUGGACUUAAAUUUUUGAUUGAUAUAAGGGCGGAUUUACUUGAUAUUAUAGACACAGAGAAAAGAAAUAAUUCUGCUUCCUCAUUGUAUACUCGAUUCUCCGAUUUAGAGCAAGAUAUUCGUUUAAAACUAAAAGAAUAUAUAACUAAAUGUUUAAAGUUAGAACAAAUAAAAUGGCAAAAUACCUCGGGAGAUAUAUUAGAAAAAAUUUGUACUUAUGAAGCUGUUCAUGCUGUUCAGGACUGGAAAGAUUUGAAAAGACGGUUAGGACCUGAUCGCCGAGUUUAUGGUUUAUUUUUUGAAGAUAGUCUGAAUAAAGCGAAUGAGCCACUUGUAUUCAUUCAUGUUGCACUUGUUCCAGAACUUUCAACAUCAAUUCAAGAUAUUAUAAAUGCAAAGGAAUUCUUCUUAGAUAACGAUGAAGAGGAAGAUAGGGUUAUGAAACGACAGCAACAGACAUUCAAAUAUGCUAUAUGCUAUUCAAUCACUACUCAGAAAGGAUUAGGUGGAAUUCAUUUAGGUCAUUAUUUAAUUAAAAAGGCCAUAGAAAAUUUGAAACAGACUCAUCAUCAAAUACACACAUUUGCUACUCUUAGUCCUAUUCCGGGAUUUCGAACAUGGCUAAAUAAUAAUAUCCAUACUAUAAUUCAAGCGGAAUUUAACACUAUAAAGAAUUGGAAAAUGGUAUGAUAAUGUGUCACUACUACUAGUGCUAGUACUAGUACCAGUACUACAGCACAAUAUAAUCACUUGUUAACCAUCUUUAGUAAAAUCUUCUUCAUAUUAAAUAAUACAGAAAUUAGAUCGAUUUAAUGAUGAGGAUAAAGAAGAAUUAAGGUCGCCUCUAAUGAGUUUAUGCGCGAGAUAUAUUUUAGAUGAAAAAGACAUGAAAGGAAAGAAUGCUUUAGAUCCUGUUGGUAUGUAUGAUAUCAGAAGAAGUUCUUACAUUUUAUUAACCAUUCAUAUUAAACUGGCUUCCUAAUGUUAUAAGCUAACUUUCAUCUAAAAAACGGUGCUUGCGUCCAUCAAAUUCAUUGGCAAGCUGAUACCUCAAAUAAAGGCUUCCAACAAUCAUUUGGUAUUAUGGUCAAUUAUAAUUAUAUUCUUAAUAAUCUAGAAAGUAAUCAAUAUUUAUACAAGAAUAAGGGACAUAUUUGUAUAAGCAGUCAAUCCCUCU